CCCGAGGAGCCCGAGGCCCAGGCCCCCCCGGAGAAAACCAGCGACUACUACCGCGUGGACAAGGACCUGCCGGCUCGGUUCAACCACCCGGCGUGCUUCCGGGGCUACAGGAGGACCAAGGAGCCCGCCUCGGUGUACAGGACCAGUAACCAGGCCUACGGGAGCAGAGCGCCCACUGUGCACGAGAUGCCGAAAGUGUUCUACGCAUAUUCAAAUAGCUUCUCCAGACAGCUGGCGGCCGCGGGAAUGUUCCGGAACACUUCCUUCAACGUCCACGUGGAGAAGAGCUCCGUGUCGGGCGCCGACAACUGCAUCACCUCCUACAACCGGCUGAACUUCCACCCCAGCUACAACAUCCGCAGGCCCUCCAUCUGCAACGACUGAGGCCGGGCACCCCCCCCCCCCCCCCCCCAGGACAGGAUCCGAGCUCACUGCUGUCCCUCAAAACGCCUUUCCUCCGUGAGGCCCUUUCCCGUCUGACAUUGGAGGUGGAGAGGGGGCCGCUGCCUUGCCUUUGCAUUAAAAUGUUGCCACAUCCCGA